CAUACAGAUCUUUAAUAGGGCUUUGUUCCUGGGACUCUCAAUGUCCCAGAGCUUUACAGUGAGAGAACCCAAGGCUUUGCACAUAGACGUGCACCAGGGGCCUCAUUGUCCCUCACAAAAUGUUAAUGGUCGGAAAUGUUAAUAAUCUGUACAUGGGGUUCUGGCCUUUGAUGAUCUGUUGACGAAACUGAUCCGGCAGUUUUGAGUGACUGGUUAAUGGCAUUCCUCACACUUGCUCUAUCAUUGGCUGGGGAGAGAAUGAAAGUGUCCGGCAGCCCUCAGGGAAUCCCAAAUGGUCAAGUGCCUUUAACAUCCCGGCUUCAUGUCGUUUUCCUCCAGCUUUACCACCAGCCCAUUUGAGAACCCUUUUUUAUCCACACUUUUUUUUUAGCCGUUUGAGGGUCUGGCAGAAGCUCAGUGAGAGGGCGCGAGUGAGCUAACUUUCAUUACCGCUGCUGAUCCCAGAGGCACUGGAGGCCGAUUCAAAACAACACGGCUGCACCCAAAGACCGGACCUCCAUUGGGAUUGAGUGCAGAAAAACCUCCUGUGAAGGACUCGUUGGAUUUUUUUGUUGUGUGUGUGGGUAGAAAUAUAUUUCUACCAUGAAGCAAACUUGGGACAAGGGUGUUUUUGAGAACGGCCAGUCAAAAAUUCCAGGGAAUGUUGGGGAAGCUUCCACUGAACACCUCCAGAGUACCUCAGGAGAAAAGCUUGAUAAUAAGUCUGCUCCUCUGUCUAGUGCUCAUGGUGGAGUGGGUCAGAACCUGCUGCUGAGUCCUGCCAGUCUUCAGCUUGCUCAGCUUCAGGCCCAGCUUACCCUACACCGCCUCAAACUCGCCCAGACCAGCAAUACUGCCACUGCAGCCACUGUCCUAAAUCAGGUUCUUUCCAAUGUGGCCAUGUCCCAGCCACUCUUUAACCAUCUACGGGGUUCCAGCAUGGCCCAAGCCCACAGUGGAGCCUUUCCACCACCACCCAUAGCCUUCCCACCACCAAAUGCUUCACUGGGACAAUUAGUUGGUGGUGGCUUUGCCCCAAGUCCCACGGGAAUUAGGCCCACCAACUACAGUGGGGUGUCCAAUCAGAAAGCUGGUCAGCACAACGAUUUCAGCAAAAAGGCUGGAACAUUUUCGAUGGACACGGACCGUCGCUUGCAGUUUGGAUAUCUGGGAGGGGCUUCAGUGGUUACUAGUAAAUCAUGUGAUGGGAGACAGUAUGGUGGAGCCACACAACCCGGAAGCAAUGUCCACAGCAAUUUUUACUCCUCAGAAACACCAGUACAACAAACUUGUUUCAUGGGAGGAAGCAAUGAUCAGAAUCUUGGAUCAGCCUCUAAGGAUCAAUGGAAAGGUCCGAUCAACUUGGGGAAGAUGGAUAUGGGUACAGGAACAGGUUCUGGUGGUUGGGUACCACCUGGACCAGGGUUCGUGGGUCAGAGAGCGGAGUUGUAUAACCCAGAGGAACCAACAGCAGAUCCUAAAUUCAACUCAACAUGUGGCCCAAGGAUUGGGCCACCCCUUGGGCAGCAAGGGGGAUUUCAACAGCAGCCACAGGUUUCCCAGAGUGAGGAAAGGGUGACCUUGCAAUUGCAACCCCACCAGUUCAAUGACUACAAUGGGAAAACACCUUCACACCUACCCCAUCAGUGCACCAUUUGUGAGAAGAAGGUUUACAACCUAAAGGACUGGGACCAGCAUGUGAAGGGCAAGUUACAUCUACAGAACUGUUCACUCUACACCGAAAGUCCAACGCUCGGAGCAGUGCACUUUCCAGUAUCAUCUGAAGGAUGUCUCAACAUGGUAUUGAGUAACACUAUGGCAUACACGUCGGCUGCCAGUCAAGAUGUUUCAACUGGAAGUGCUUCGUAUUUGCCUGCCACAGCCAUGAAGUCAUUUCCUCUCACAGGGGCGGGAUUUACUUCGCACCAAGCAGGGUUUCUUCAGCGUAAAGCGUGUCCCGGACGAGUUGUGCACAUCUGUAACCUCCCGGAGGGCAGCUGCACAGAGAAUGAUGUCAUCAACUUGGGACUUCCCUUCGGCAAAGUGACCAACUACAUCCUCAUGCGCACAACGCAUCAGGCUUUUCUGGAAAUGGCAUACGUGGAGGCGGCGCAGGCGAUGGUGCAGUACUACCAGCUGCAGCCGGCUACCAUCAACGGACACAAGCUACUGAUCCGCAUGUCCAAGAGAUACCAGGAGCUGCAGCUGAAGAAACCAGGUAAAGAUGUUGACUCUAUAAUCCAAGACAUCACUUGCCAGAGAGAGCGAGACGAGAUGCAGGAGAUCGACAGGUACCUGCCGGAGCGUGCCAGAUCACGCAGUCCAGUCAGUCGUUCUCUGAGUCCGCGCUCACACAGUCCCAGCUUCACUUCCUGUAGCUCCGCCCACAGUCCACCGGGGCCGUCCUGCCGGCCUGACUGGAGCAAUGGCAUGGGUCCCCGCCGGGCCUCUUGGGACUGGACGUCUCAUUCCCGAGGCGACGAAGACCCCCGCGAGAGAGACGACUGGAGGAAUGACGAGGAAGAAAGACACAAUGGAUGGCUCUCUGAGCGCAGGAAAGCCUACCUUAAAACCGGGGACCGGAUCAGCCCACGUAUGGGCCCCGGGGACGAGCGGGGCAGGGACUGGUACCCCCGCGGAAGCCCCCAGGGUUCAUCCUUCUCCUCCUACCACUCCAAAGAUGAUUUUUACAAGAAAGACUCACUGUACAAAACUGAUAAACUGAGCAGGCCGCAACAUCAGAGACAUGAAGGGAAAACGAAGAGAAGGGAAGGCAGCGACUACCACAGACCCAGACGCUCAGAGUCAGACGUGACGGACGACACACACUCCAACCGGACAGCUGAAGACAGAGGACGCAGCAAGAGGCCGAGCCGGAGACAAGAUCAAGAGGAGAAAGAGUCAGAAAAUCAGAAGGAAGAAUAUAGAGCCAAAGAAAGAUCAGCAUCUCCCAAUAACAGCAAACCUGCACAGUCUUCACAGUGUGACAGAGAGGGACUGGAAAGUGUAGAUGAUGGAGAAGAGGAGAGCUGGUAUCCUAAAAGCAUGGAGGAACUGGUGACCGUAGAUGAAGUCGGAGAAGAGGACGACUCUAUAGUUGAACCCGAUCUACCUGAUCUUCACGAGGAGGACCACAGAGUCGAGCCCAGCUGGUCGACAGCAGAGAGCCCUAAACCAAUCGCAAAGACCCCAACAGAAGGUGAGGAGAGCACGGUGGACCCUAUGUCGCUUCCACUGCUGGAUUUGGUUCCAGCAGAAAGCUCUGGAGGUGCUCAGUCCAAGCCUGGAGAGACGUCCCUGAGACCAUCUGCCCCAGAACAACCGGUCUGUCAACUCAUCCUCUUCCCGUCCCAGGAGUUCAAGAGCGCUUUGGAGGAGGCCUGCUCCACCACUCAUAUGGAUACACACAUCGACGCAACCACGCCAGCUGGUCCUCUAAACAACAGCAGCACAUGUGAAAAUGGGAAAGUGAAUGACUUGAGUAAUGAUGAGAGAAAGACGGCAGAGAUGGACGACAAGGAACCAUGUCUCAAAGUUGACAGUCAGAAGAAAGAUAUUCCUGAAUCAUUACGUGCCCCUUCACCUCUGGUGACAGACAUCUUUACUGCGUCACCCUCUCAGGAGCAGGAGAAAGCCAUCAGUGAACACAGCAUACCGUUAGGUGUGGAGUUCAUCGUGCCAAGGACAGGAUUUUAUUGCAACCUGUGUGGUUUGUUUUACACCAGUGAACAAGCCGCCAAGACGUCACACUGUCGGAGUACAAUUCACUACAGGAACCUACAGAAGUAUCUGUCAAAGCUGGCGGAGGAAAGUCUCUUAAAUUUCCACACACAGUCGCCAAACACUGAAUGAAGCUCACGUGAGACUAUCAGGACUGCACCACUGCUGGGACAUGGACACAAGAAGACCUGCAAUUGGGUUAUUUGUGUACUCGGGUUCAUAGCAAUACAAACUGUAUGAAAGUUUUCAGGGAUUAAAAAAAUGGCACAUUAAAUAUUUUAGCUUUUAAAGGAAUAGUUCACUGAAAAAUGUAAAUUUCAAACACAUAUGAAUUUUUUUGCUCUUAUUUUUCUGUACAGUGGAAUUGAGGGUUGGCUGUUGCUCCAAAAUGUUAAUUUAAAUCAUAAAAGUAGUCCAUGCGACAUGUGCAACAAUAUUCCACGUUUUAUUUUUGAAGCCAUAGCGUAAGAAACAAACUGAAAAUUAUAAUAUAUAAUAUAUAAUAUAAAUGUAUAGCCCUAAUCCCCAUUCACUUUCAUUGUAUGGAAAAGAGCAGCAGGAACGUUCUGUAAAAUAUCUUCAGUUGUGUUCCACAGUAAAUGAUGACAGUUUUCAGUUUUCUGUGAACUCUAAUGCGGUGUGUGUCUUCUGUAGUCCAGCAUUGACUUUUUCUUACACUGUGAAAAAUAUGCAUCAGAAUGUGAAAUGCACUGGUAAGUGUAGUGUUUACAUCAUCUGCAUCUGCCUAGUUCAUACUCCAAAGCUUGCAUAUGUGUUGGUUUUUCCAAGUGGUGGACAAAUAUGAACUCCACUGCAGAAGUGCCUAAUUUAAAUUUCUAUUUUAAUUUAAAGAGGUGUAAAAUUAUCCUCAGGUCAAUACUUGUGAAUAUUCUGUUGAUGCUUUUUAAAUUAUUAUUAUUCUGUUUCAGUCUCGAUUGCAUUUUCUGUGGUUAUAUUUGUCAGUCUAAUGCUUGAAAUAUUAACUUUUCAAAGUGCCUUGUAAUGUAUUAAAAGCCCCAGAUGCUUAAUAAUCAGCUGAACACCAGGGAACGCUGCUUCUGUAUAAUGUCUGUCAUACUAUUUUGUUUUUCAUCAUUGCUGUACACAGAGCUCAGAAUUUUGGGAUACUUGAACUGGACCAUGUUUAUUUAACUCAUAUCAAAUUUAUAAAAAGCUGAGUUGUUAUAAUGCUAGUAUAUAAGCAGAAUGGUUCUGGAAAACUUUGUUUUAUAUUCUGUUAAUAAUAGCACAGCAUUUUAUGGAAGAAAAUUGUAUAGCACUGAUGCAAAUGUUAAAUAAACAUUUUGGAAAAUAA